AUGGCUGAGGGCCAGGGGGCGGCUGGGUGCUCAGGUGAAACUGCAGAGUCCAGCUCAGUUCUCCUGGUGAGUGGCCAGUAUGCCACAUCUGAGGACUGCAGUUCCCCCAUCAGCCGACAGGUGGCCCAGACCCUAACAGGAGCAGGGUGGAAAGUUUACAGUACUGUUUUGGAAGAUAAAGAGGAGGACAGAAAGUGUGCUGAGGCUGAUGGAGUGGAGCUCAUCCUCCCAACCCGCAGUCAGGGAGACACAAGGGAACCCUGUCUGGAUUGGCUGACCUUUGACCAUGUGGAUCGCUACCCCAAUGACAGACUGCCACAGGAUGUAGGGUGGAUUGUGGGUCAUGCUGGGGUCACCAGCAGAGCAGCAGCAACUAUCAAGGAACAGCGUUUCCCCCAAGCAAGCCUCAGUCUUGUCACCCAGACUAUACCUGAAGACACAGAGAAGUACAAGGAAGAUGAGAAGGCCAUGGGUAUUGGGGAGAAGGAAGACUCCAUCAGACAAGAUGCAGAGAAGGCAGAUACUGUGUUCUCUGUGGGACACAGAACACAAGACCACUUUGUAAACUCAUUUUGUGCAAUUCCUAAAGACAAGAGGCCAGCUCACUACCUCUUCCUGCCCAAACCUUCAGACUUGUUCCUGAACACUACAGUUGAAUACAGAGCAACAAGUGAGAAAGUUGUCCUAUUAAUUGGUAGGGUGACAACAGAUCAGAGGGUGAAAGGUUUUGACUUGGCAGCCAAGGUCUUGUCAAAAGUGGUAGAAAGGAGUCAGGACAGAAUCAAGUUGCGGAUUUGUGGUGUCAGUAAAGAGGAGUAUCAGGCCAGUAUGGGCAUUCUCCAAACCAGCAUCAACUCAGGAAAACUGAUCCCCACCCUUCUCCCACACGGCACCCAGGAAGACGUCUGCCAACACAUGAAGCAGGCCCACCUGGUUCUCAUGCCCUCCCGUGCAGAACCCUUCGGUCUGGUCGGUCUGGAGGCCAUGGCAGCCGGCAUGCCAGUCCUCAUAUCUGACCAAUCAGGACUAGCGGACUUGGUCCAUGAGGUUAUACCAGAAUUCCACCACUCCAUUCUCAGAAUCACGGGUGACGAUUCUGUAGAUGUCGGACGUUGGGCAGAUCAGAUUGCGGAUGUUCUGCGGAUGUCAGAAGCCGAGUUCCGUCGGGCUGCAGAACUCAAGCAGAAACUCCUGGAGUCCAGAUACUGGGAAGAGUCUCAUCAGCAAUUCCUUCAGGCAUUUGGAGGUGCAGAUUUGUAUGAGUUCUACCACAACCAUGACAAGGUAGGGGAGGGAACCCUGUCACACAGACUCUCCAGUAUCCUCAUCCCAAGCAACAUUCAGGACCAGUUUGAAGGUGCACAGCUGAUUGUGAGGCUUCAGGUGAAGUAUGAAGACUAUGUGCAAGUCCAAGAGAAACUGGGAGAAGCUGGAGCUGAAGGAACAGAGGCUUCUUCAGUGACAGGUGUCAAUCAGACAGACUUGUUCCAGAAGUCUGUGAAGAAGUACUAUGAGUUGAAACUGACUCACUUCAAGCCUCUGAUCUGGAAUGACAACUUCACACUUAGCCUCAGUGACAUCUUCACCCAGUUAGAGUUGAUUCCAUCAAGUCAGAAGCAACUCAAAAUACCUAGACAUAAAGUACACCACUGGUUAUUUUCAAGGGAAGAAGAACAGAAAAAAGAGCUUAAGUCAUUAGACGACUUGUUCAAGCCAGAUGUCACAGAACUGACCACAGCACCAAGGUGCAUUCUGAUUGAGGGUGAAGCUGGAGGGGGGAAGACAACAUUUCUGUCCAAAGAAGCCCUAGAUGCCAUCUCACAGAAAACAGAGCUGGGCAGACGGCACGACAUUGUCCUGUUGAUCCGACUCCGGGAGGUGAGAGAGGGGGAGACCAUAGAGGAGAUGGUGUGGGACCAGUGUGUUCCUGAAAGAAAAGAUGUUAAUUUAGAGUUCAUCAAAACAAUCCUUGAGAGAAACGAGUCCUGUGUGCUCUUCCUCCUAGAUGGGUAUGAUGAGCUGCGGCCUGAGGCCAGGGCAGCCGGGCAGGCCAUUCCCAAACUGCUGUCUGGCAAGAUGUACCCCAACAGCACGAUUGUGAUCACCUCCCGACCCUCAGCAGGAGUGCAGCAGUACACCCGGCCAGACUGUCAUGUACACAUCAUGGGCUUCUCCCGUAGACAUGUGGAGAAAUACAUGCAGCAGUAUUUCACUGUUGUUAGGAAGCAAGAACUGACAAAGACACUAACUGUACAUGUAAACAGUAAUCAACUUUUGAACACUUUAAUCCAAACCCCAAUGUUCCUGAUGUUUGUGUGUCUGCUGUGGGAGGAGGACCAAGAGAUGGUGUCUACUGGAACAAUGAUGGGGCUGUACGACAACCUGCUGACAUGUCUGGUCAGAAAGUGCUGUGAGCGGGAAGGAGUGGACAUGCCAACAGAAGGGCUGCCUACAGAGGUUGCUGAGUCAUUACUACAGCUCGGCAAGCUUGCACUAGAGGCACUGCUGAGGAAUGAGACCCUGCUUGACCUUACAGAAGUAAAGAGAGAAAAGGUUAAUUGGGAGUUACUGUUAAAGCUGGGUGUGGUCUCCUUGGAGGUUUCUUCCUCAAAAUUGCAUCCUAGGAAACAGCUGAACUUUUCACACAAGACCAUGCAAGAGUUCCUGGCUGGACGAUAUGUAGCUCAUGCUCAAGUGAAGCAAGACAUUGUUGAGCUGCUGCAGCUCACCUCCGUAAGGAAGGCACUUGAACUCAGUAACCUGAUUCAGUUCACAUGUGGCUGUGACUCACAGGCAACACAAGCUGUGAUGGAGGAACUAAGCAAGCUCAGCAGCAGAGAGUUCACACACUUGCAACCAGAACAGUUUGAAAUUAAAUCAAAGAUGCAAAUGGAUCCAGAUGUGCAAAAGUCCUGCCAAACCUAUGAAAGGUUUGUACGCUUGUGCCUGAACAUCCUUAGUGAGAGACAAGAACCAGAAGUGCUUCAGGGUAUCAGUCAAGCCCUGCCAAUUGUCAUGCUGCACAGCUCCAUUAACAGUAGAGAAGCCACAGGUCUUAAGUAUUACAUACAAAAUCUUCAUUCAGCAAACCUGCCAGACAGGCUCAUACUUACAAUCCGUAAAGGCACUGACAGCAGAGACACAGUUCAGUACCUACAGCAGUGUUUUACAACUACACUCCCUGGACUUAGAUUGGACUUGGAACUAUCAGGACAGUUUGACUCACCUUAUCUGACAGCCAGGCUGGUUUCAGUUCUGAAGAAUGUUCCCUGUCUGAGGGCACUGGAUCUGUCAGACACAAAACUAACACCAUCAUCACUCCAGCCACUUGUGCAGGGGUUCAGACACAUGUCUCUGUUAGAGGAGCUGGAUCUGUCUUGGAACCGUGCUCUUCGUGAUACUGGGAUGGAAGUCCUACAGGUUGGGCUGUCCAGUGUUCCACACCUGGCUGUACUCCGUCUUAGGGAAAUUGGCAUGACAGCUGUGGGCAUGUCAUCCCUGGCUCCCUACAUGCACCACCUAGUGGGACUGAGAGAACUGGAUAUAAGUGGUAAUAAGAUCGGUGACACUGGGCUGGAAUCUCUCACCACCAUCCUCCACACCUUCACUGCCAUGCAGGUGUUGGGCCUGAGUGAGACCGGUAUCAGCCCCACAGGCAUGCGCACACUGGUCCCUGCACUGUGUAAGUUAACCAGACUGAUCAAACUGGACGUAAGUGAAAAUGCCAUAGAAGACCCUGGGCUGGAAUGCCUGGCUGCUAUCCUCCACCACCUCACAGCCAUGAAGGUGUUGGUUCUCAGGGACACAGGUAUCAGUGACAGGGGAAUAUCAUCCCUGAUCAAAGCUCUGCCUCACCUGGUGCAAUUACAGGUGUUGGAUGUGGAGUGGAAUGACAUAGGAGACUCAGGGAUUGUCUCACUGGUGCAAACCCUCUGCCAGCCCAGCAGUUUGGACAUGGAACAAAACCCACCUAGUGACAAGAGUCUGACCACAGCCCCUCACUAUAACACCACACUACAGAAGCUGGACAUCGGGGGGAAUAGGGGAGUAACAGGAGCCGGACUGGGGAGGGUCGCACAGCUCAUCAGCACACUGCCGGCACUGACCGGGCUUAACAUGUCUGGUCCCUGUGGCAAACCUGCACACCUGUCUGACACCGCUGCCAUGGAUCUGGCCGAGGCUCUACCCAGACUCCCUGCCCUGGAGCAGCUGUACCUGUAUAACAUCUCCAUGGAGCCUGCAGGGUUCCAGGCUGUGGUGCAGGCUGCUGAGGAACACCCAACACUGGAGAGGCUGUGGUGA